UUGUAAACAACUAUAUAUUUUUCUGUUUAUUGCUAAAUACAUACCGUAAUAAUCAAAAUAAACAAAUUUUGUGAAAUUUAAUAAAUUGAAAUUGUUUGAGUUUUUAUAUAUUUUGCAUUUAUAAAUAAAUAAAUUAACUAAACUCCGAAAAAACUUUAACUAAAUACGUAAAAAAUGACUACAACACCAAAUCCUUUGGAUAAAUAUGUUGAAGAUGAUGUCUUCAGUACCAUCUUAAGAUGGAGUUUGUAUUUUGGAGCCUUUUUCCAAUUGGCCUGCAUAAUGGCUUCCAUAUUUAUGAGCUCUCAGGGCAAUAAAAAAGAUGGUGAUACUUUGGAGGAUUCUAAAUCGAUUGGUUGUGAUGCUCAACCCAACAAUCGCCGUCUGCAUAAAUUGCGAAAACAGGAGAAAAAGAAAAGACGUUAGGAAAAAAUAUAAAGAUAAUUUAACCUUCCACUGGUGUGAUUUUAAUACUCGAAAUAACAAGUUAACAGCAAAGGGGACUUUACGGUUUUGUUUAAAGAUACCUAUAUCAUUAAUGGCUCUAAUCUAAAAUUAUUAACCGAAGCAUAUCAAAAUGCUAUAUAUCUGAUUAUUAUUUUAGAAGUUCUCUACACUUUACGAAAUUGUCAAAUCCUUUUUGCUGUUUACUUUUAACUAUUAUAAAUUUAUGUUUUUAACGUUAUUAAUUUAUUAACUUCCUAAUACUAAGUAUAAAAGUGCAUGUAUCUUAAACAUAAUUUUAAAGCAAUAGUUUUAAUUGAAAAUUACAUGAGUUAAAAUAUUUCCAAAUUUUUAACACAUCCAAACAUGAUGUUCAUGUGUAGUACUUACCGAUCAAUAUACAUAUUUAAUUACAACAAAUAAAAGACAAUAAUUAUUGUCCAAAAAUUUAACAA